AUGUCUGAUGCAACAGAUGGAGGGCCCCCAGAGGGGCCCCCUGCUGAGGCCCCCCAGACCCUCACUACAAACCAUGCAGCCUCAGGGGGCCCCCGGGGGGCCCCCCAGGCCUUAGGGGGUCCCCGGGUGGCCCCCCAAGACACCCAUCAAGGGGGGGGCCCCCCGGGGGGCCCCCAGGGAGGGCCCCCAGGGGGCCCCCAGGAGACACCCCAGGGCUGGGGCCAUCAGGGGGACCCUCAGGAGACACCCCAGGGUGGGGGCCCCCAACGAGGCUUUCAGGUGGGCCCCCUGGGGGGCCCCCAGGUUGAGGAGGCAAGUAAAGAUAAUCAAUUAUAUUUAAAGGCGGUGAAGGAGUUGUCAGAGGCACCGAAGAUGAAGCUGGGGUUAGAAGACGUAGAAAAAGUUGCGGCAGCUCUGGGAAACCCUCAGCAGAAAUUUAAUGUUAUUCAUGUUGCUGGAACGAACGGAAAGGGGAGUGUAUGCACGAAGGUGGCCGCCUGUUUGAUGGCGAAAGGUUCUCGCGUGGGUGUAUUUACAUCACCUCAUUUGUGUUGUUUGCGGGAGCGCUUUGCGGUGAACGGCGAAUUAAUUAGCGAAAAUAAAUUUGUGCACGCGAUGAGCAAAGUUAAACGAGCAGCUCAAGAGGUUGGGGUCUCCCUUACCUUCUUUGAGCCUCCUACUGCUGCUGCUGCUGCUGCUGCUGAUGAUGAUGAUGUGAAUGCUGUUGCUGCUGCUGAUGCUGAUGAUGUGAAUGCUGCUGCUGCUGCUGCUGUUGAUGUGAAUGCUGCUGCUGCUGCUGAUGAUGAUGAUGUGAAUGCUGUUGCUGCUGCUGCUGCUGCUGAUGAUGAUGAUGUGAAUGCUGCUGCUGCUGCUGAUGAUGAUGAUGAUGAUGAUGGUGCUGCUGCUGAUGAUGAUGAUGUGAAUGCUGCUGCUGCUACUGCUGUUGCUGCUGCUACUGCUGUUGCUACUGCUACUGCUGCUGCUGCUGCUGUGAAUGCUGCCGAUGUGAAUGCUGAUGCUGUGGGUGCUGACGUGGAUGCUGCUGCUGAUGUGAAUGCUGCUGCUGCUGCUGCUGAUGUGGCUGCUGCUGCUGCUGGUGGAGAUCCUGCUGAUUUCACUGUCACUUUGUGCGAUGUUUGGGAGGUGAAAGGAGACCCUCGAGGAGACACCUUUGAUGCUGAAAAUAGCAGAAUAGCAGACACUGUUGUGCAGCAGGUACUGCGCUUAGAUCUACCUUCUUCUCGCCUUGCUGCUGCUCUCAGCAGCUGUCCCCCCAUGAGGGGACAGCUCCUUUCGGAGCAGCAGCUGCGUGUUGCUGCUCGUCUCUGCAGCAGCAGCAGCAGCAGCAGCACGCAGCUUGAAACAGAAGAUUCGGAUCUCCCUGUCCCUCAGGCUGUUAUAUUGGAUGUGGGGCAUAAUGAGAGCGCCUUAGAGCGUCUCUUCCAGGGUCUUUACGUCGCUACAGCCGACCAUCCUCGGGUUCAGGAGACAGCCGCAAUUUUCGAGCAAAUUGUCUCCUCUUCUAACUUUGAUGCGGAGUACUACUUUAUCCGUACACUGCCUCAGCUGCUGCGCAAAGCAUUUGCUGCUGCUGCUGCUGAUGCUUCUGUGUUGGUGGUUUGUGGGAGCUUCUUCAUGAUGCGGGAAGUCAUGCAGACCUUCGGACUGGCUGACGGCCCUAUUGACCCCGUCGAUAUGAACGAGAGAAUGCCCACACCGCCAUAG